AUGCGGACGCCACCCGUAGGAUCUCGUGCGACGACGACGAAAGGGUUCCAGCGGGAAUGGGAAAAGAGGGUUGAUCACGUCCUCCAAAACCUCAUCGCCAACCGCUGGCUUCGCCUAUCGGAUGUUGGUACCAACUCCUCCCUCUCUUGCACCCCUCCCCGCGAACGUGCCUCCGACGGCUGUUAUGGCAACGAGGACGGUGACCACAAGGAGGACGAGGAGUAUACCAACAAGGAGGACAAAGAAUACACCGACGACGAGGACACCAACAGGGAGGACGAGGACGAAGACGACUACACGGAUGACAAGGACAGCGACGAAGGUCGUGACUUAGGCAAGGGUGCCUCGUGA